UCUCAGAAACGGUAUUAAAAUUCAAAGCCCUGAAGAAACCUGCCCAACUUGCCGUCAUUAACAGUUUGGAAAAGGCCCUGCUCUUCAACCCCACCAAGUCCUUCUCUCGCGGGGCAGGCAGCCAGAACGCAGACGUGGACCUCAUGAUCGACUGCUUCGUCUCCUGUUUCCGUAUCAACCCUCACAACAAUCAGCACUUUAAGGUCUGUUUGGCCUCCGCCUCCCCCUCUACCUUUCACUUUGUCCUGGUCAACUCCCUGCACAGAAUCAUCACCAAUACUCUGUCAUUUAAAGAUGAAAUGACCACCAGCCUUAAGUUCAAAGAGAACCACAGACCUGGAUACACGCAGCUACAAGUGCCUCCUCCUCGCUCUGGUCAAACUCAUCCAUGCUGACCCCAAACUCAUGCUGCACAACCCAGGGAAGCAGGCUCAGGAGACGCAGAGCUGAUCGCAGGCCUGGUGCAGCUGGUGCUCUUGGUCAGUACAUCCCAGCUUUCCCAGGAGGCCAUGGAGGCUCUGCUGGUGCUGCACCUGCCUGAGACUAUUGAGCUGUGGAACCCUCAGGCCCCCAUUGAAACCUUCUGGGACAUCAGCUCCCUAGUUCUCUUCCUGAUCUGCAAGAAGCUGAUUGGUCACCAGAUGGUGAACAGUACAGAGGUGUUGAAGUGGCUGAGGGAGAUCCUUAUCUGCAGGAACAAGUUCCUCCUAAAGAACAAGGAGUGUGCCACGCAGGGCAGUGGAAUCCCCAUCUGCAGACAGGCCCAGACCAAACUGGAGGUGUGUCUAUACAUGUUUCUGUGGAGCCCUGACACCGAGGCCGUGCUGGUGGCCAUGUCCUGCUUCAGACACCUGUGUGAGGAGGCUGACAUCCACUGUUCCGCUAACGAGGUGCUCGUCCAGAUCAUCCUGCCCAACUACGCCACCUUCACAGAGUUCGCCUCCGUCAGCAACAUAAUGGCCACCGGACGUUUCACCCUGCAGAAGAGAGUGAUGGCCUUGUUGAGAAGGAUAGAGCACCCCACUGCAGGCAUGGGAGGACACGCAUGCAAAAUGGGAGCAGGACACCAAACAGAUUCUGAACUUUCCCAAAAACAAGGUGGAGGAUGGUCAGGAGUGGAUCAACAUGACAGGCUUCCUGUGUGCUCUGGGUGGGGUGUGUCUGUCCCAGCGCAGCAAGCCCUGUGGCCCCACCACCUACAGCCCCCCAUGGGCCCCAUGAGCGAACGCAAGUACUCUUUGGUCUCUGUGGGCGUCUGUGAGGUCUCCAACGCUGCAGCUGGAGCCUCAGCCACCUGCUCCUCCUCUUCCUCCACUGAAACCCCCCUGGGCAGGUUCCUGGACCGCCUGCUGGUCCUGCUGGUAUGUGGUCAUGAGAGGGUGGGUCUACACGUCUGCACCAACAUCAAGGAGCUGCUGGGGCUGGAGCUCAGCCCGGUCCUGUACCACAUGCUCUUCAACAAGCUAAGGAACAGCAUCGGAAGCUUCUUAGGCAACACGUUGCAUGCCAUCCAGAUGAAAACCAAGCUGUGCCAGCUGGUGGAGGUGAUGAUGGAGAGACGAGACGACCUGUCCUUCUGCCAGGAGAUGAAGUUCAGGAACAAGCUGGUGGAGUACCUGACAGACUGGGUGAUGGGCACCUCCAACCAGGCUGCUGAUGACGAUAUCAAGUGUCUGACCAGAGACCUGGACCAAGCCAGUAUGGAGGCGGCGGUGUCUCUGUUAGCUGGCCUGCCUCUUCAGCCAGAGGAGGGAGACUGGGUGGAGUUGAUGGAGUUCAAGUCCCAGCUCUUCCUCAAGACGAGCUGGCCGGUGUGUUGGUGACACUGUUUGACUCUCGCCACCUGCUGUAUCAGCUGCUGUGGAAUAUGUUCUCCAAGGAGGUAGAGCUGGCUGACUCCAUGCAGACUCUCUUCAGAGGCAACAGUCUGGCCAGUAAAAUCAUGACCUUCUGUUUCAAGGUUUACGGGGCGGCGUACCUACAGAAGCUCCUGGAGCCUCUACUUAACAGUGGCACAACAUCAGCUUUGAGAUGGACACAACCAGGGCACGGUGAUGAUAGUUUGUAGAGCGAUUACCUUUACGGUCCAUUGAGACUAGAACAGGCAGAGAACCUUGACGAGAACCAGUGGAACCUUCUUCAGAUUACAGACCGGUUCUUCCUGGCCAUUAUCAACUCCUUCAGCGAGUUCCCGC